AAAAAAGUCAAAGCUAAACAAAAGUAAACCUGAUGAAAAUGUGUUAUUUUUCUGUUUGACAAUUUAUAGUUGCAGCAAAGAAUGAACAGCAUUAAUAUCAGUGAAACUAGAAAAACCUUCUUUGAUCAGUCUAAAAGUUUUCUUUGACAAAAAUUGGUAUAUUAGAAUGCACAAGACAAAGUGGGAUAAAGAAUAUUUGUAAAACAUAAUAUAAAAAAGAACAUCUUUUGUUUUUAACUUAUAUGGUAUGAUUAUGAUGGGUGUAUCAACAUAAAUGAUUGAAAAAAAACAAGUCCUUUCAAAUGAAUAAACAAAAGGAUAUAUCCUCAACAAACCAUAAUGAUCUUGGUGUACCAAAAUUGCAAAACUACGAUAGACUAGUUUUGAAACAAAAUGAUUCAUUUCAAAACCCCAAGCAGUUCUUUGAAGAAAAAAGAAUGGCUUAUAAUAGUUCUACCGUAUCAGACAAUAUGUCUGCUUUAUCCUGGAAAAAUGACUUAACGGUUUCUAAAAUGCAUGAACCGUUUGAAAACAAUAUUCCUUUCCAAACAUUCAAAAAAGCUUUUGAUUUGACUGAAGAUAAAUAUCAGACGUUCUCGGAUCACACAGAUUCAUACAAAAUACUGUCAAAUGCAGUUCAUAAUAAUUACAUUGCUGGUUUGAGAAGAAUAAAUAGUCAAGAUGGACGAUCUUUAUCAACUGCUACGUCUUUAAAAUCCAGUUUUCUUGACUGUGAAAGUCGUAACAGUGGUCGAUUUUCCAACAUUUGUCAUUCGGGCCGUUAUUCGGGUCGAGGUAAAAAAAGAACACUAUCGGCAUCCCCAUUUUCUUGCGAAUUGUUUGAUCUAGCACAAAUUAUUCGAACAUCGCCAAACUCUUUAGUUGCAUACGUCACUUCAAAUGAUGCGAAUGGAUUUAUAUCACGUGGAUCAGGACGAAAUUCAUCUGAAGCUUCACGAGCAUCGAACGGUUCUUUUGGACAUUUAAAUAUUGGAAGCUUAAGGUCAUCACCAAUAGGAGUUUCGAGAUCAAAAAACCAGCAUAAUUAUUUAAAUGACUCUGAUUUAACUAAUAAAAGUGAAAGUCAGCAAAACCAGUUUGAGAUUGAAUCUUCAUGCAUCCAAAAUAAAAUUAAUGACGGUUAUUUAACAUCUUUGUUAAGCAACCAAAAUGAUUUUAAUAAAAGCCAAAGUCUGCUUCCUCAAACAUAUUUUAACUUUCCAGAAAACAAAAGUAUCAUUUUGUCUUCUGCAUCUGUAGCUUCUCAACUAACAGCCUCUAACCACUCACCUUUUAGUCAAAACGUAAUUUCAACAAUCCCGCAUCCACCAGUGAGGCAAUUUCGUAAAGUAGUUUAUAAUGAAAAAGAUAUUAAAGUUGAAGAAAAAGUUCUGUCAAACAAAGAUAGUCCAAGAAAAAUUGAAAAAGAAAGUGCUCUUAUAAGGAACCAAACAAACCUGAUAACAAAUGAGACAAAACCAUCAGGCGAUGCAGAGUCAGACGGAGAAGAAAUUGAUCCUGUCGAUUUGUGUUGUUAUUGGAAAAAUUGCAACAUAAAAUUUGACAGCCAAUUACAACUUGUUCACCAUGUAAAUGCUGAUCAUAUUCAAAAAAAUAAAAAAGACUGUUCUUGUUAUUGGCAAGGAUGUUCAAGAGGCGAAAAAUCUUUUAAAGCCAUGUACAUGCUUGUUGUACAUGUGAGAAGACACACUGGUGAAAAACCACAUAAAUGCCAUUAUAAAGAUUGCAAUAAAGCUUACUCUCGACUUGAGAAUUUAAAGACUCAUCUUCGGUCUCACACUGGAGAACGACCUUACUUAUGCGAAAUUCCUGGGUGUAGUAAAGCAUUCUCAAAUGCAUCAGAUCGUGCCAAACAUCAAAACCGAACCCAUUCUGACGUGAAACAGUAUGGCUGCAAAGUUAAUGGCUGCUCAAAGCGUUAUACUGAUCCAAGUUCACUCAGAAAACAUAUGAAAACAGUACAUAGCGUUCAUGUUCAACCAACAAAAAAGUUUAGAGGUGAAUUGCCCUUUUCAGAAACAAAGUCAUCCGAAAACCAGUUUAGCCGGAAAAACAACAAUGAAAUUACUAAAGGUUUUUCUUCUAAUCAAGUUUAUUUUGAUUCGACAUGUCAAUCAAAUAUGCAACAAUCAGAAAAUACAAUUCAACGAAACAUAUGCCCGUCUCCUGUCUAUAAUAAUGAAUAUACAGCUGUUUUAAAUGAAGAUUUAAGUUACUUCACACCUGAAUUUAAUUGUAAUAUUAGUGUCAGAGACCCUGAAGUUCAAGUUCAGCCAGUAUCAUUACAACUUUCCAACAGAUAUGUUAAAUCAAUGAAUCUAGCUCCAGAAGAACUUGUAAAUCGCCGAUAUUCAAUAAUGCAAAACAGAGACUUAUCUAAUAGAAGGGUGAGUAAUGGAAGUGACGGGUCUUUAGAAUCAAAUUAUUCUUCAGGUUAUGAAAGUUAUUCGAAUAGCAGAAGAGAAAGUGAUAUGAGUCUGCAAUCAAUUAGUGAAAGAAGGGGGUCUAAUCAUUUUCUCGAUACAAUUCCCCAAUCCUAUCAGAAAAGUAUACCAAAUCCUCAACCUUGCCUAAAAGAUGUUGUAAACCCUAGAUCGUGCCAAAAAAAUAUUGGAAAAUAUUUAAUAGGGGAUAAAGCUUCCAAAGAAAACAACUGUUAUGAAUCGGAUCUAUGUAAUCAGUAUACUGAUCAAAGUAAUAAAGUUUCGGUUUGUAAUGGAUUGCGAAGUAAUUAUUUUCCGUCUUCAAAGUCAUCAGAAAAACUUUCUCCACUUGAUCAUCAAAAGUCCAUUGAAAGUUGCAUAAAUAAAUCAAGUAAUAAAAAAUUUAAUCAAAGAUCCACUAAAUUUCGACGCUGCAGUGAACCAAUAGAGGUAACAUCUCUUAUUGAAAGCACACCUAGAAGACAUUCUAUGACCUUUUAUAAUAAACUUCCUCUUGCACCUAAAAUGAAUCUCCCUAAUGUUGAGACCAAAAGCAAAAGUUCGUCCACUUUUCAGAAAGAUGAAACGGAAGAACUGCUUUUGAGGCUUAUUCAAAAUAGUGAUAGCUUGCUAAAGAAAUCUGAUAUUGAAAAUUUAUUAGUCACUCAUCAAAAACAUUUGUUUCCUCAAAACGAAAUUAGUUUUGCCAAAAAGCAAGACGAAACAGAUUCACGAAUGGUCGACGGAGACUAUUAUCAUACAUCCAGUGAAAUAGAUCCGUUAAGUUUUUUUAUCGAAAACUAUGAUAUGAAAGAAGCUGAUGAUAUGUUGCAUAACGAAAACGAUAUUUUUUUACAAACUUCUGAAUCUUUGAAAAAAGAUUUUCAAAAUAAUAAUUCAUUGUUACACACUAAAAUAGAUCUCACUGAUCCCUGCAGCAGCAAACGUUUGAGCAAUUUUCGUUUGGAAAACUUCAAUGUAAAUACUACCUCGCAGAUAAAAAAUCAGCUACAAAAAAAUAACGUAGCGAGCAAUGAGAAUUUGUCAAGUAAACCUGAUAAAUCUUUUGAUUUGAUUUUCAAAUGGCAAGAUUUUUCGAGGCCGCAACAAAAACUAGAUUCAAAAUUAAGCAAUGAUGAAGAUUUUUUAACAACAAAAAUUGACGCUUUGUCCACGGAAACAUUUGUUCCAUUGACUUCAAACAACAUGGUACUAAAUACAAUGAACACUUUGCUUGAUUCGUUCGUAGAAGAAAAUAUGUUUUACGAAAAUCAAACAUUUUGCAGUUUUCCAGUAAUAUAUGAAUAAACUUUCUAAUUUUAUUAGGAUUAAAUUGUAGUUGUAUUAUAUUAUUAAUAUAAGUGAAAAAACACAA